AUGCAAUUCCAACUUGCUAUCCUUGCCCUCGGAGCUCUUGCUCUUGGUGCCCCUUCUCCCGAAGCCAACAAACAAGACGUCACUGCCUUCACCGCCAUCCCUGAGGGUAAGGAGCUUGUGCUCGCUGCUGCUGUCAGCGAUAACUCCGCCGCCCCCGCUGCUUGCUACAACUGCGGUCCGCCCUGCCGAGGCUACUACUGCUGUGACCCCUACCCCUACUGCGGAUAUUACACCAACCCGUUUGUCUGUGUCUGCUACCGAUAA